AUGUCCUCUCUCCCCCUCCGUCCUGUAACAUCAAAGCCCAGAGGCGUCUGUAGAUACUAUACCACCCCCCGCGGAUGCUUUGCCCAGGACAAGUGCAAGUUUCUCCACGCGGUGCCACCCAGCCCCACCGAGCUCAAGCCAGACGACCAGCCCCUCUUGUCUCCGUAUGAUAAGGCAAAGCGUUGUCGCUACUAUGCCCAAGGGUUCUGUAAGAAGGGAGAUGCGUGCUGGUUCCUGCAUACCAUCGACGGCCCUGUGGCCGGAUCGUCGUCAGCUGUGGAGAGUGAUGAAGAGGAAUCAUGCUCGAUCUGCUUUGAGAAGCCGACUACCUAUGGCCUGCUUGGUGGAUGCAGCCAUAUCUUUUGUAUGACGUGCAUCAAGCAAUGGCGCGAUCCACUCAAUAAACCAGGCGGCGUCGUUGAUUCGGGCAACACUAAAAAGUGCCCCAUGUGUCGAACUCCGUCCAAGUUUAUUACACCCUCAUCUAGGUUCUGGAGAGACGGGACACCAGAGAAGGCGGCUGUCACGCAGGCGUACAAAGACAGUAUGGCUCGUGUGCCCUGUCGGUAUUUCCAGAAGUCGAUACAGAAGAAUAAAGCCAAGCCUAUCUGUCCGUAUGGUAAAGACUGCUUUUACCAGCAUCUAAACGAAGACGGAACGCCGUAUGUCUUUAAAGACGGUGUGGAUGUCUGUAUGAGGAAAUACACCAUGUCGCAGCGACGCGCACUGCCGUUCGAAAGCCAUUUUAUGCCCUUUUCGUUGGAUUUAUCUAGGCUCGACUUGGUCAUUCCCGGCCAUGGCCUGCACUUUCUUCCGCAAAGCACGGUCGAUUCAGUCACUUCAGCACGUAAUCGGCUGCGGGAUGUGGGGCGAUCGCUGGAGAUUAUCAAUCAGGCGAUUGGGGACAGUGCGAAUGGACAGAGUGGGCUGAGCUCGGCUGUGGAGGCGCUGAGGGCGGAAUUUGGGCAUGUUGAGGGAGCAGCGGAUGUGCGACGGCGGGCUGAUGAGGAUGAGGGGUUGUCGACAACGGAAAGCUUAAUGCAGCAGCUUGAGUAUCUGGUGGUGGCAUCUCUAAACUCGAGGCAGAUGCUGCUCGACGCGGAUGACGUUCAGGUUAUUAACUUUGGACGUGAUACGCCACCUCCGCCGUUGCAAGCUGUUGUAGACGACUCGGAUGAGGAGGAGGAAGAAGAGGGACCCUCGACGACACCGGGUGAUUUAUGGCCGGAUAUCUUUGGCCAUGAAAGCGACGGGGACUCGAUGCCUGCGCUGUACAGUGUGUCGAGCACGAGUGACGAGGACGAGGACGAAGGUAGUGCGGGGUACUCUGGCGAGGUGAGCGAUGAUGAGGAGCCUCCACCCCUGGAAGAUGUGCCUGUGCCCGAGGCAUCUUUGGGCGAGGCGACGUUUGUAACUGACGGACGGGGGCGUGUUGUCUGGAGCGGGGAGGACAAGAGCGAACCGCGAGAAGAGACAGCAAGAGAAGAGGAGCAGGGGGGAAGCAGUAGCAAUAGUGGCAACAGUAGUAGCAGCAACAGUAGCAGCAGUGGGACAGGACUGUCGCUGCUAAACUGGAUCCAGGGAUUGUUUUAG